AUGACUGGUGGCAGAAAACGUGUAAGGUGGAGCAGAUUAUAUUCAUUUUGCUGCGGCAAACCUUCUGCAGUGAAGGAUUUUCCACCGACAGGUUUCUCAAGGGUAGUAUACUGCAACCAGCCAGGAAAACACAAGGCUGGUCCUCUGAAAUACCUCUCCAAUUAUGUCUCUACUACUAAGUACGACGUGAUCACAUUCUUCCCAAAGGCGUUAUUUGAGCAAUUCAGAAGGGUGGCCAGCCUAUACUUUUUAUUUGCCGCAGUUUUGUCACUCACGCCCUUAACUCCGUUCUCUCCAGGCAGCUUGAUCGCACCUUUGAUCUUUGUCAUGGGUAUAAGCAUGCUUAAAGAGGGACUGGAAGAUUGGAGGCGCCAUAAGCAGGACAAAGAGGUAAAUUCUCGGUUGGUUUUGGUUAACUGUGGAACUGGAGAAUUUGAAUUAAGAGAGUGGCAAGAUGUUACUGUUGGGGAUAUUGUGAUGGUUCGAAAAGAUCACUUUUUCCCAGCUGACCUUUUCAUGCUAUCCACAAGUUACACAGAUGGAAUCUGCUAUGUCGAAACCAUGACCCUUGAUGGUGAAACAAAUUUGAAGGUGAAGCAGUCACUAGAAAUCACGGUUAAAAUAGUUCACGAGGAAGACAUUGAGAAAUUUGAUGGAAUUGUGAGAUGUGAAGAUCCAAAUAACAGCUUGUACACAUUUAUUGGAACACUUGACUUUGACGACCACCUUAGUUCUCUUGGGCCCCAGCAACUGUUACUUCGGGGAUCAAGACUUCGAAACACAGACUUUAUAUAUGGGGUUGUAAUAUUUAGCGGUCAUGACACGAAGGUCAUGCAAAACGCUACAGACCCUCCUUCAAAACGAAGCCGCAUUGAGAAAAAAAUGGACUACAUCAUCUACAUCCUUUUCAGCGUCUUGUUAUUAAUUGCUACUGUUGGUUCUCUUUUCUACGGCAUAGUAACAAAAGAACAAAUGCCUACAUGGUGGUAUAUGUCUCCUGACAAGGCGCAGGUGUUUUAUGAUCCUCGACGAGCAACUGCUGCAUCAUUUCUACAUCUAGUUACAGCACUUAUUUUAUAUGGGUAUCUUAUACCAAUCUCUUUGUAUGUCUCAAUCGAGAUUGUUAAGACAGUCCAAGCCAGUUUUAUCAACUGGGACUGGCAAAUGUUUCACGAAGAGUCCAACAAGACAGCUCAAGCACGAACUUCCAACUUGAACGAGGAACUUGGGCAAGUUCACACCAUAUUAUCUGACAAAACUGGAACUUUGACAUGCAACUCUAUGAAUUUUCUCAAGUGCUCAAUUUCAGGCACGCCCUAUGGUCGAGGUGUCACGGAGGUAGAGAAAAGUAUUGCAAGAAGACUUAGCAAAGAACAAUGGGAAUCUGAAGACAUUCAAGAGUCUUGUUCCGAAGAUGAUAAUAACGACAAGUUCUGCUUGUCUUCAGAAAAAGUCCAGACGAAUGCUCCCACUAUUAAAGGAUUUAACUUCAAGGACGAACGCUUAAUGGAAGGCAACUGGAUAUAUGAGCCCAAUCCUCAUUCGAUACGGCUUUUUUUUCAACUGUUAGCAGUUUGUCACUCUGCUAUUGCCGAAGAGGAUGACGACAACGAAAUCCACUAUGAAGCAGAAUCCCCAGACGAAAAUGCCUUCGUUAUAGCUGCCAGAGAAUUUGGUUUUAUUUUUUUUAAAAGAAACCAAAGUAGUGUCAUGGUAUGGGAACCGGAUAUAGAUCUUGACACAAAGCUGGAAAGAGAAUAUCAAAUACUGAAUCUUCUUGAGUUCAACAGUACAAGAAAAAGGAUGUCUGUAGUAGCUAAGGGAGAAGAUGGACAAAUUAUUUUGUUCUGCAAGGGUGCUGACAGCGUUAUCUUUGAGCGACUUGGUGCAAACGGUCGCCAAUACGAAGAAGCUACUCGAGUGCACCUUGGUAAGUAUGCAGAGGCUGGUCUAAGAACACUAGUGCUGGCAUAUCGAAAGAUCGAGGAAACCGAAUACAUCAGGUGGAAUGAAACGUUUCAAAAUGCCAAAAUUACUGUUGGCAUUGAGCGUGAGUUGUUACUAAACAAUGCAUCGGAUGAACUGGAGAAAGAUCUUGUUCUUCUGGGUGCCACUGCUGUAGAAGACAAACUACAAAAAGGAGUUCCAGAAUGUAUUGAGAUCCUCGCACAAGCUGGUCUUAAAAUCUGGGUUUUGACAGGUGAUAAGCUCGAGACUGCUAUCAACAUUGGCUAUGCUUGCAAUUUGAUUAGACAGGGAAUGAAGCAGAUUAUUAUAGCCACGGAGCUCUUAAAUAUCUCCUCAGUAGAUGCUCCUAGAGAGAUGGAAGAAGUUGCUAAGGAUAAAGUUCAGGAACUUAUUAUGUCAGGUUUACAAGAUGUAGACUCUGAAAAAAGUUUAAAUACAGUAUUUGCAUUGAUUAUUGAUGGAAAAUCUCUCACAUAUGCGCUAAGUGAGGAUUUGAAAUUGAGCCUGCUUAAGCUAGCUAUAAAAUGUGCUUCUGUAAUUUGUUGUAGAGUCUCACCGCUUCAAAAAGCUUUGGUGGCAAGGCUUGUUAAACAAGGGACAGGUAAAAUUACCCUGGCCAUUGGAGAUGGAGCAAACGACGUGGGCAUGAUUCAGGAGGCACAUAUUGGUGUUGGUAUAAGUGGCGUAGAAGGCAUGCAGGCAGUUAUGGCUAGUGACUUCGCAAUUGCUCAAUUUAGCUUUCUGGAGCGUUUGCUAAUUGUUCAUGGACAUUGGUGUUACAAAAGAAUUUCUUCAAUGAUCUGCUACUUCUUUUACAAAAACAUGACAUUUGGUCUCACUCUUUUCUACUACGAAGCGUAUACAUGUUAUUCUGGACAAACGGUAUACAAUGACUGGACUAUGUCCUUGUUCAACGUAAUAUUUACCUCCAUUCCUGCAUUGGUGCUUGGCAUUUUUGAACAAGACGUAUCUGCAAGAGGGUGCCUACAGUUUCCUGCUCUUUAUCAGCAAGGACCUAAGAACAUUCUAUUCAACUGGUCUCAAGUUUUUGCCUGGUUUACCAACAGCAUAUAUAGCUCCCUUAUCACUUACUACUUCACCUGGAACAUUUAUAAGCUUCAUUCCUUCAGAAAGGACGGGAAAACACCAAGCCUGGAUGCCUUCGGUACAAGUAUGUACACAUGCAUUAUCUGGAUAGUUAGCCUUCAGAUGGUGUUGACAACGAAUCACUUUAGCUGGAUUCAGCACUUGGGUAUAUGGGGAAGCAUUUUCCUUUGGUAUUUGUUUUUAGUUGUCUAUGGAUUUCUCUGCACAUCUAUUUCUACAACAGGUUACAAGGUUUUUGUGGAAGUUAUGCUUCCUAGCCCUGUUUAUUGGUUGGCUACUAUUCUUAUACCGCCUAUAUCCCUGUUUCCGUACUUUACAAUUUUAGCAGCUCAACGUGCGUUGAGGCCAAUGGACAAUCACAUUGUUCAAGAGAUCAGACGCAAGCAAGAUUCUUUUCUGCAUCCUGCCUCCCGGUCGACUUCUAAAAAGACGUCAGUCAGCUCCAGAGCGACAUCACUUCAGACAGCAGAAACUUCUUGA